UGAUUUUUUUUUAACAGCGUAUGACUGCGCAUUGUGCUCUGCGUCCUUAUUGGCUAAGGGAGAACCCGCCUAUUGUCUUCUGAUUCUUCGGGCUGGGCCCAGCCGGGCGCUACGGGUGAAGGCCCGACCACCAGGCAUGAGCCCUUCCCCUGGUCCGAGGUGCGGUCCCUCCUCUUGAGUUUGUUAGGGUCUUCUGAAUCAGUCCUUGUCUGGCCCGUUAAGUAGGACCUGUUUGCCUUGGGAGACCCUACCAGGGGCAUCUAGCCCCGGACAACAUCGCUUCUAGGAUCACUUGGGCACUCAAACCCCUCCACCACGAUAAGGUGGUGAUUCACAGAGGAGUAAAGUUGUUUUUAUUUUUUUCUUAAAGUAUAUUUCUUGAAUGUGGUGUGGGCCAUGAGCUGCAAAUGGCCCCCGGGCAACACUUGGGGCACCCCUGCUCUAGUGGUGUAUGUUUAGUUUGUUAUUUUCUGGCAUUCUAUGGCAUUUGACCUUGAUGUGUUUUCUAAAUGAUGGCGCAUGUUGUGGUCCUUUGCGAAAUCCUGUGCAAAUCGUACGUGGGAGAAACGGGAAGCACGUUCAAGACGAGAAAGAAAGAACAUGAGAAACACACAGUGCCUGGGAUGGGGGCUUGGGGGGUGGGGGACACAAGUCCAAAUGUUGAGACUGCGAAAGGAAGGGAGUAGCUGCUAGAUAAAUAUCACUUAAUGGCUCGUAAUGACGCUUAAUGACAGACGACUCUUUCCUUGUGGACGCGAGGAAGGACAGGAACAAACAAAAAAACAACAAUGUGGAGGGCGAGGAGCGCGGCCACCAUCUUGGGAGGCCUCCUGCCUUUGAUAAGGUGACGGCUUAUAGGAUGCCCGUGCUCAUUUCUGCAGCUGUUGUCCAAAGAGGAGAGCCGCAGUCACUUUUGGAACAAAAAAAGACUUUUUUUCACUCCACUUUGAAGGAGGAAGAAAGAAGAAUAAAAACCAGCGACAUGCAAACCCUCCAUCCUUCAACUUUACCCACGGGCUCUGCAGCUGUGACCUACAACCCCAAAUCUGAAUCGGUCACGCUACCUGGAGGCGUGGUCUCAGUGGCGGGCAUCACCGUGGUAACGGGCGGCGUUGAGCUGUCCUGCGGCUCGUGCAUGUUGGCCUUCGGCUUUUGGGGGACUGUCAUCGGCUUCAGCUGCGUGGGCGUGGGCGUGUGGGACCAGUUAAACCACUCCGCCGGUGGGACCUCUCACCUGCUGGCGCUGGGCUUGGUCAUCCUGGCGCUGGGCUCUGCGGUUGUCGUCAGCGUGGCGGUGUUUCACGUCCUGACGAAGAGGAGGAGGGCCAUGACGCGGAAUGAGAGGCGGGACGGGAAAGAAGUGCUGGUGGAGGAGAAUGUGGUGAAAAGAGUGACGGUGUAAAGAACAGAAGAAGAAGAUGAGAAUAUAUUUGUCAUACAAACUCCUCUCCAUGUUUACACGUCUUCAAAAAACAAAACUUGUAGAGUCGUCCCUCGUUUAUAGCGGUUAAUUGGUUCCAGACGCAACCGCGAUAAAUUCAUUUCGAGGUAGACAUGGACUAACACACCCACAGCCACCUUUUAUUCAUUGUUUACGUCACAUUUCGCAACUCUUAUGCUGAAGGGACUCGAUGCUAGCUAGCUAACAAGCUAGUGAGCUAACCAGUUAGCCUCAAAUUUAUUUCUUCCAUCUCUCUUCUCUCUGGAAAUAAAUUGAACAUUUUUGUAGUUAGAGCAUAAUAAACCUGCUUAUGACUUUGUAAAUACAUUUGUUUCAUUAUUAGAGCCCUAGCGAGCUAACCAUUUAGCCUUGAAUGUAUUUCUUCACUCACCACUUCCACAUGGGAUCAAAGGAGAACUUUUAUUCACUCUAUCACAGGACAUGCAAUGGCUGACUUUAUUUAGGGUAAUGUAUUGGAAUCUAAUGUCUCAUCAAUCGACAUGUGCGAGUAUUGAACGAGUCGUUCAAAACUUGCGAGUGUUUCACUGAAUCGGCACUCACGGGUAAUUGUCUCUGUUAAACUCGUUCACUUACUCAACCCUGCUACCACUAGCUAAAUUAGAAAAGGAAGUCUGAGCAACAUGGGGGGAGGCGCCGAAACUCGAUUCAUGCACGGGUCUGUGCAUAAGCUCUGUGACAAGUGAUUCAAGUGAAUGGAGUACCCGAUUCACAACUUGUACCACGCGUGCGAGUUUCUGGACAUGCUCUGUGACGGGUGACUCAAGUACCCAAUUCACUUCAGUGAGUGACCUAUAAGAACUGGAGUCAGUCAGAGGAGUUUCCAGUCACUACUCAUCAAUGUUUUGUGUCAUUACUGCCGCCUAGUGACCAGAAUACUACAUAUCACUUAUUUCAAUAUGUUUACUAAUAGCAGACCACAGCCUACCACCAAACAGCCAGCAUUUAUUCAUUCAUUUAUGAAAAAAGGCGCUAUAGCAAGGGAGCAAUAAUCGAGCCGCGAUAUUGUGAGGGACGACUGUACAGUCAUUUUUACCAUCUGUAGCUAUCAUAAAAGUGUAAUAAUAUAACUCAAAAUAAAGUCAAUCUAUUUACA